UCUUCCAACCUACUCGCUCUAUUGCACCCAAAGCAGGAUUAGAGCGCUGAACUUCGCUAAAGCGCCCAGCUCUCCACUGGAUCUAUUCCAUAGUGUUAUCACCUCAGGUACCCAUUUGAAGAUGAUUCGAGGAUUACUGCUGGUGGUAUUUUUUCUCGUCACUGAUCCCCCCUUCUGUCAGUCAAGCUGCAUAGAGGUCGAGGCACAGAGACCGAGUUCCGAUGACGCUCCAAGCUUUCGCAACCCUCCGCGGGAGUUAUUGAAGAGAUAUAACGACUUAGACUAUGACAGCUUCGUGGGUUUAAUGGGUCGUAGGAGCACCGACACUGAAGAAAUACCAUCCCCACUCAAAAGAGAAAUGCAUGAUAUUUUUGUUGGACUAAUGGGUCGCAGGAGUUCUGACACAGGAACCGGACGUCCCUGGAGAAAGGACUACCCAGGAACAAGAGGCAUCUUCUUCAGCAAAUGCAAGCAGAGGUUUCGUCGUGGAUUAUAGUCCUGCAUUUGCUGCCAAGGAGCCAUCUUCAAUAUUAAGGCAACAUCUUUUCAAGACAUGCUUUCAUGUAAAAAGAAAAAAAACAUUUCUUCUACAGAAACACUGCAAAGGCAUACCUUUAUGUAAUUAUGAAAAAGAUGAUUUAUACAUUGAAACAUACUGUGACAAACCAACAUAGUUUGUAUAUUUGCAGAUACACUCUCCACUUGCUGUUUGCUUUUUUGAUUGUAUGUAUUUACCACUGUUUUAAU